AUGGCACCCAACAAUGAUCUGAUGGCCAUCGUCGAUAAAUGGCUCACCGGGCAAACGAACUUGGACUUCGAGAUAGAAUUCAAUGAUGUCGCUGAAUAUGUCAAUGUAUCUCUGUGUUCGGUCCAUGGAGCAAGAGUGAAAGAAGAGAUAUGUUCAAUUCUCGAUGCUAGUCUAUUGGAUGCACCUCAAAGCGUGAUUGAAAAGCUUCAUGAAAAAGCUGAAGUACAAGAGCAGAAAUAUGUCAAAGUAAUCAUCCUGCUUAUUGUGAACGGAUUUCUCCCACCAGCGCAUUUGCGUCGUCCGAUAUUUGGUAUAUUCUUGACGGAGCAAGGAGCAGACCUUACAAACCAUCUGCUAGAGUUUCCAUCAGCAGUGGUGGACCGUUUUAGAGAAAAUUUGACGCUAUUGCUGGAAUUCAUGUAA